UUAACAACUUGUAAGAUAGUUAAAAAGCCAAAAAAAGACAUUCAGUAGGGAGAAAAUACAUAAAAGGAGGUCCUUCUUAACUGAUUUAAGAACAGUAGCCUCAGAAGAAAAAAAAAAUUAUACCAUUGAGUAUUCAUUCCUCCUAGUUGUACAAACCAUAUACAAUCAGAUUUGAGACAAAUACUUUUUAAAUACAUACUAAAGAAUUGAUAGGCCCGCCCCGCUUGCCCUUUCUCAUGGCCGGGCAGCUCUGUCUCAUCUGUCCCCCUCCUCCUCCACCCCAUCGUCCUGACUCUCUUUCCCUCCUUCCCUCAGAGGAUGUCCUCCUUCCAGCUCAACCUCAACCCGCUCAAGGAGCCGCUCAGCUUCAGCAAGGUCCUCGAGUGGAUUGCUUCUAUCUUUGCUUUUGCCACCUGUGGAGGUUUUAAGGGCAAAACAGAAAUUCAAGUGGCUUGUCAUCCUAAAGUUUCUGACAAUAAAACGAUUACAGCUACUUUUGGUUAUCCAUUCAGGUUGAAUGAAGCAUCAUUUCAGGCACCUCAAGGUGUAAAUAUGUGUGAUGUAGAUUGGAAAAAUCAUGUCCUUAUCGGAGAUUACUCUUCUUCUGCACAAUUCUAUGUUACUUUUGCAGUCUUUGUCUUCCUGUACUGCAUACUGCUCUAUGUUGGUUACACGAACCUGUAUCGUGAUAGUCGAAAACUUCCCAUGGUUGACUUCGUUGUUACGCUUGUUGCCACUUUUUUGUGGUUGGUGAGCACUUCAGCCUGGCCUAAAGCUCUUACAGAUAUUAAAACAGCUACUGGUCGCAAUAUUGUCCAGGAACUUCUGCCUUGUAAUCAACAAGGAAUGAUAUGUCAUUUUGGCUCUGUGACUAGUAUGGGAUCCCUAAAUGCAUCUGUGAUCUUUGGCUUUCUGAAUAUGAUACUUUGGGGAGGAAAUGCAUGGUUUGUGUACAAGGAGACCAGCUAACACAGUCCCUCAAAUACUUCUACUUCCCAUAGCCAAGGAGGUAUUCCUCCUCCAACUGGAAUAUAAUUUAUUAUUGAAGAGAGAAGUACACUGUUUGAAACAGAUGUCUAUACUAUGACUUGUUGCCAACAUCUUGAGAAGCAUUUUUUGUUUCUAAUAAAAGUAACAGCUUUUUCAAUAAAUUGGUGGGUUUAAAAUUUUGCUGCUUUUUUACAUAAAGCUUGUGCCUUCCCUAGAAAUUUAAGAUGUAAAUGUAUUCUCACAUGUGAAUUUGAAAAUUCUGGGGCCUAUUAUGAGAUGAUACACAUUUUUAAAUGAACAGUAAUUUCUUCACUAAGUUGUUUGCCUUCCAAAGUGUUUACACCUUAAGCCUUAACAUAUAUCUUCACUCAGAAAAGAGUUAUAUUGUUAUAUCAUAAUAGGAAUAAAAUCUCUAUUGGAAUAUACACUACUGUAAGUUUGUACAGAUCAUAUUCCUAAGACCUGUCUUCGUUUAAGAAAGUCUUGAUUACAUAAAUCAUAUUUAGAAAAAACAUUUAGUUCACAGUUUAUA